AUGACACCCCCACUUCAAGAGCGGGGGCCACAUUCGUCCUCAUCAUCGCACGACGCACGGCCCCACCUCCUCCCUCCUCUCCUCCCUCCCUCACACGAUCGCCGCCCACAACCUCCGAACGGAGGCCAUGCCCUGCAAGAGGGCACACCAGACGACACGAAUGACACCCCCGCAUCAAGAGCGGGGGUGACACGUGGCAUCAUCCACAGUGACCUCCCCCACCUCCCUCGCAUGCUUGCCGCCCUCCACCCUGCAACGGAUGCCAUGCCCUGCAAGAGGGCACACCAAGUGACACGAAUGACACCCCCGCUGCAAGAGCGAGGGCGACGUUCGUUGUCGUCAUUGUGCGACGCGCAGCAUCACCCACAGUGA